CGCAUUUUACUUUUAGACUCGGUGGCGGAAAAUUCGAUUUUCCAUGCCCAGCCAAAACGGGACUGUUAACUCAGGAAUUAUUCUAAAAUGUAUCGGGCAACUAUUUAAAUAUGUAAAUCGAAACGAGAGCAGGCCGUGUUUUCCCCUUACUUUUUGUGACGCCGUGUUUGUGAUGUGUGAAUAAAAUAUGUGCGCCGUUUGUUGGGCAUAAAUUAGAAAUCAUUAUUUAUUGCACACGUCUGCAGUGCGAAUCAAAACAAAAUCGGAAACGGAGAGAAAGGAGAAAAGUAGCGGGAGAGGAGAGAGUGGUUGCAAGAGAGUGCGAAAAAUAGUGGAAAAGAAAUAACAGCUGCCGGCUGAUUUGUUGCGGAAAAGGAAAACGAAGAACGAAGAAGAAAAAUUUAACUAAUCACAGCAAUUAACGUUAGAAACUGGCAUAGUAGAAGGACAUUAUAGCAUGCCAGGACUAAAAAAGUGAAUACCGCAACACAAUGAGCAAUCGCACGGAGCAGGAUUACGACAGUGCCACUCCGGCGCUGCAACAGCAGAUGAAUCUGGCCCGAAGAGCCUGCUGGAGGCGGAACCAAUCCUCCAGCACUCAGUUACCCCCCCAAAAUACAAUUACAAUUACCAGAGAGGCAGCCAGUCGCCUGGAGUUAGUUAAUCCCGAGAUUGCGAAACAAAUCGAUGCAGAAGCUCAACCACCGAGAGAUGAAACCAAAACAAGAUUAGAACCACAAACUGCAACCGCAACACGCAACACAAAAUGGGCAUCCGACUGGCGGGGGAUUCUCGGCAAAAGGAUGCUGCUCAUCUGCGCCUUAGUCCUGAUCCUUGGACUCGUCCAGGGGCGGCCCAACACGAGUGCUGUGGGCGUGGCGUCGGCCAAGGAUGCAGUCACCCAACUUAAUCUGCCCAUGGACGUGGAUGUGGGUCUGGAUCCAACACAAUCGGCAAAAUUGCCUCGUUCGGAGGCACUGAAAUCCAGCGACCAGGAUGCGGAAAGCGGCGAAGCGCACAAGAUGGAAAGGUAUCCACUCUCCAGCGUGGAUUUUGCCCGGGUAAAGACGCCUUUCAUCAUCGGAAUCUGGAUUUUAUCUGCCAGUAUAGCCAAAAUCGGUUUCCAUAUGACGCCCAAACUGCAUCUUAUAUUUCCGGAGUCGUGCCUGCUGAUUGUCGUGGGCGUGGUCAUUGGGGUGGUGCUCUAUUUUUGCACCGACGUCGCCGUCUCCCCGCUGACCCCCAACACCUUCUUCUUUUAUAUGCUGCCACCGAUUAUCCUGGACGCCGGAUACUUUAUGCCCAAUCGAUUGUUCUUCGACAACCUGGGCACCAUCCUGCUGAUGGCGGUGGUCGGAACCAUCUUCAACAUAGCCACCAUCGGUGGCUCGUUGUACGCCUGCGGAAGGAUGGGCAUUUACGGGGAGGGCGAGACUCCGAAUCUGAUGGACGUAUUUCUGUUUGCCUCCCUCAUAUCCGCCGUGGAUCCGGUGGCUGUUUUGGCCGUGUUCGAGGAGAUACACGUCAACGAGAUCCUGUACAUUGUCGUCUUUGGCGAGUCCUUGCUGAAUGAUGCCGUUACGGUUGUGAUGUACCACAUGAUGGAGUCCUACAAUGAAAUUGGUUUGGAUAAAAUCAUCGCCCAGGACAUUGCCAGCGGUGUGGGUUCCUUCUUCGUGGUUGCACUAGGUGGCACUGCCAUAGGCAUCAUCUGGGGCUUUCUAACUGGUCUGGUGACCCGAUUCACAGAUCAUGUGCGUGUCAUAGAACCCAUUUUCAUAUUUGUAAUGGCUUACUUGGCCUAUCUCAAUGCGGAAAUCUUUCACAUGAGCGGCAUUUUAGCCAUCACUUUCUGUGGUAUAACGAUGAAAAAUUAUGUGGAAUCGAAUAUCUCACAAAAGUCGCAUACGACUGUUAAAUAUGCCUUGAAGAUGUUGUCCAGUUCGGCGGAGACCAUUAUCUUUAUGUUCCUGGGCGUGGCCACUGUGAACAAUAUGCACGUAUGGAAUACGUGGUUUGUGGUGCUGACCAUUGCCUUCUGCUCUGUGUUUCGUGUUAUUGGUGUCAUCUUGCUUUCGGCCCUGGCAAAUCGCUUCCGCCUGCACAAGUUGUCCAGGGUGGAUCAGUUUGUGAUGUCCUACGGCGGAUUGCGUGGUGCUGUGGCCUUUGCCCUGGUCCUCCUGGUCGACGAGAAUGUGGUCAAGCAGAAGAACAUGUUUGUUACCACCACGAUAGCUGUGAUUUACUUUACUGUCUUCCUGCAAGGCAUCACCAUCAAGCCGCUGGUCAAGAUCCUCAAUGUGAAGCGGGCCAACAAACGCAAGCCAACCAUGAACGAGCGCAUUCAUGAGAGGUUUAUGGAUCACUUGAUGGCGGGCAUUGAGGAUAUUGUGGGCAAGACAGGAAACUAUAAUGUGCGUGAUAAGUUCAAGCGUUUCGACAAUCGCUUCAUUCGCCCGCUGCUGAUCAGAGAUCUCAAGGGCGCUGAACCGAAGAUCAUUGAGACGUACUCCAAACUGACCAUGCGCGAUGCCAUGGAGGUGAUGAGGCGGAAUCCAUCCACCAUUGGCCAGAUGACGGGCACCGAAUCGAUGAGCGCCCUGUUCCGGAAUUAUACCAAUAACUAUAUUGGGGGCAGGUGGGCACCGCCAACCAUAUACACCACAUGUCCCAGUCUGACAAAUCUAGACAAUACCUGUUCGCGUAAUCUGGACAUGGCUGAGCUGGAUUAUAAUCCAUCCAAGAAGGAUCUGACUGAUGCCAGGAUCCAUCAUCUGUUGGCCGAAGAACUGAAGCCUUAUAGAAGGGCCUCAAUACAAAUGCACCGUCGUCUUAGUUAUAGCCGACACGCAGUAGAUGACAGAGAUUUGUCAACCCAGGUCAAUUACAAAAUGCAAAUGAACUUCAGGCGCAUGUUCAAUGAUCGCAAACAUCACAAACGCAGCAAACGUGGGGCCAGCAAUAAGGAGGCCAAGGAGAACGUUAAGCAGAAUCAUGUCUCGUUUCACGAUUUUCAACAGAACGGCACCACCAAGCAGCUCACCAAUGACUAUAUUAACAAUGUGCUUAAUGAAACAGCCGAGGAGUGCCAACAGAAUCCCAACGAGAUCAAUGUUGUUGGCCCCAGCGACGAUUGGGAUGAUGGCCUGACCUUCACCGCCAAGUCAUCACCUGACUCGGAUCGUGCCAAUAACAAUUCCCUGAUAGCCCACAUCCAAAACCUGCCGGGCUUCGAUGCCUCCAAGGCGCGUAUCGUCGUCCAGCAUUAUGCGCCCAGGGUCGACGACAGUCCGGAAACAGAUCUAGAUUCGCCGGACCAGGCUGUUGGGCCCACGGCCGCCGAAUUGAUAUUGCCGUGGCGGCGGGAUCGUUCAUACCAGAGCAUUGUGGCCGAGCAUCCCAUUCCCGAGGAGGAUCGCAAUUUGUCCCGCGAAUCCGACGGAGAGAGGCGUGUGGCCACGCCCACCGCCACGGAAUCCCAGCUGCCGUGGAAGCGCCAGGGUGACGAAUGCACGGAUGCAGUGCAGCAGAACGAGUUCCCGGCUUGGGCCUCGAACAAGGAGUACUUGGCCUACAAUUCCCCCAGUGCAACAUUCCUAGGUGGUAUAAACAAGCCUAAACAGCCCAAGUCCGUCAUAGGUCUCUUCCGGCGUGAGAGUUCCAGUUCGAAGGCCGGAAGCGUAGGCAUCGGCAGCACAGGGGCCGUGGACACCGCCGCCAGUGGCUCCGUGGAUCCGAUGGUUGUGCCCAUGUCCACCCAACCGCCCAACGCUCCGUCGACGUCGAUGCACAAUCCGCGGCUGGACAAGCGCUCCCAGUCGAUAUCGUCCGGUUCGCUGGGUGCCGGAGCCCAUCAGCUCGGUACGGAUGGUCACUCCGGUCCAUUUCCGGUCACGGCCAGUCACCGGCGUAAUGUGCGCAGGGGCUCCAUGCUGGAGCUGAGCGGACUCAUUGCAACUGGACGCAGGCCCAGUAGAAUAUUGCAAUUUAGUCCGGGAACAACUAAUUUACUAGUGUCAGCCACGUUCACAACUCCUUCUCCUCCACCUCCUUCUACUUGUACUUCAACAACAACUACAACAACAACUACAGUAAAUACAACAACCACAUCAACCAACAACAACAACACCAACAAUUCAACAGAAACAACAUCUGCAAGUGCGACUAACUCGACGCCAACCUCCCCGAGAUCGGAGGAUAGCGCCACAUAUGCGUACUGCCCAAAAGACACAAUACCCGAGGAGUCGUCGUACCAGCAUGGACACUCCAAGUCCUUGUGCGAGCCGGCGGAUUCGGAUGACUGGGAGGGAGCACCACUUUCCACCGCCGCCGCCGGCGAGGCCAACAGCGAGCGAAUGAUGCGACUGAGCGGCAGGGAGCCGCUCCUGCCACGCCCCUCCAACACACCACGCGCCCAGAUCCGUCGCAUGAAUGCGGGAGCGGUGGGCGGAGCAGCUGUUAGCCAGGCGGGCCGCAAAAACCAAGUGACAAAGGCCCUCUUGGACUACGAGGAUUCCGAAACGGACUCCGAGGAGAAUGAUGACGAUGACGAUGACGAUGAUGAGGACGAGGACUUUGAUUCGUACGACGAUGAGAACAUUGUGGUCACCACCUUUACGACACCGGCCACGGGCAGGAGAUCGGGUUCCAGUCCGGGUUCAGGAUCGGAAGCCAACGCCACCACCAUGACGACGACGACGACAAGCAUUCGGCUGACCCGCAAUAACGACGAGAGCAUCAUUUGAGUGUCGAGCACAGACGGUGACGCGGGGGAGGAACUGGAGGAUGACGGGGAUCAUCUGCCAACGGAAUCAGUACCACCACCCCAGAAUCUGAAACGUUCACGGCGAAGCCUGUUCCCGUACGAGAUGUUCUACUAACUCUGGAACACAUCCCACACACACACACACAAACACACAUUUAUAUGACCUAGUUUGUAAGCCCAAAGCUGACAGAAAGUUGCAAAAUAGUUUGCCCCAAAAAAGAAAUGGUUUAAAACAAAAAGCUUUAUAAUUAUAAUUAUAACCACACAAAUCGGACAAGGCUUAGAUAUACGAGAGUAGCGAAAAAAUUGUAUAUAAAACCAGAUUUGAACUACAAAUUAAUUUCCUCUUGAUCGUUUAAGUCGCUUCUUAAGAUUUUUAACUUCCAGUUUAUGUUUAGUGUUUAGUCCCGAUCGAUUGUUAUUAUGUACCACAGACGUGUAUAUCCAAAAAACCGAUUUAUUAAUUACAGCUAAUGUGUUCCAAAAUAGCAAGCAAGCAAAUUAAUUGUGUAAUAACUAACAAAGCGUAGCCAAAGUUCUUAUUAAGCCCAUUACUAAAACUGAUUUCAUUGUUUAUAGUUUAGUUAAAAUGUACUAAAUUGAGAUCACAUUGUGUGUUGCUAAAAGUACUUAAGCGCGUACUUAGUUCGAUAACAUAGUUAAAACGCAGAGUUUAGUUCAAUUUUAGCCUUAGUUAAUAAAGAGUUUAAAGUAAUUCAUUUCUGUAUAGCCGCAGAGUCAGAACUAAGAAGAAUUCAGCAAAGUUUUUCUCAGCUGAAACUGUAAUUGAAGUAACUCGAAACAUUCAUGUAAUGCAUUUUUUUAAAUAUCAGAAUUGCUAAUUUGAAAUCACUUAAAUGUGUGAUUUUUUUGAGAAAUUUUAAAUUUUGAUGGAGUUUCAUGUGACCCCUAAAUAACGCCAUAGAGACAGUUGAGUAAAACUUUGGCUGGCCUUAACUAUAAAUAUACACAAAUCAAGUAACUAAUUGUGGACAGAUAAAUAGACAGAGUUAUGUAAUUUAUAAAUUAUUUUUGUAAACAUUUACGAGCGAUAAAGAUAAAAAUAACAAAUGGUGGAAAUGUUAGAACGAAAGAGAGUUUUGCGAACGAUUUUGUGUGGAAUUUGAGUGUAUGACUAGGAUUGAGCUAACCGAAGCAUAAAAAGAAAAGAUAGACAUGCUCAAAACCAAGUAAAAUAAACUAGAAAUAGCUGAAUACAAGUAAAUUCACUAUGCUGACGUAGAUUUGAAAUUGCAUUAGACGAAUAGACGAAUAAUUUUCAGACCAGACCCAAGGGGACACACGAUACGGAGCCAACUGAGAAUACAGUAGCCAAUAUCCAGAAUGGGAUAUAUUCUGGAACCUACCUACCUAAAAAUAUUUUUUCUGGGACAGCAAACGGUAUAUCGUGAAAAUGGAAAGCAUACUUACCUACUACGAGUAAUACAAUAUAUACAUAUAUAUUUUCUAACUCAUGUGCAACUGGCCUAGUACCAAACUUUAAUUUAACCAUCUACCUAUUACUUAAGUAGUUUGUAUUCGCAUUAUGUUCUAUCCAAGAAAUUGCCUUCUGAAUAUGCACACCAGAUCAGAUAGAAUUGGUUAACUUAGUUUGUUUCUUAUUUUAUUUUAAUCAGAAAGACAAUAAACAGCUUCGAGGUUUACGUGAUCUUGGAAAUUGUCAUUUCAAUAAAUAUUUAAUGGAAAAACAAAAAA